AUGUCGGCAACAGAAGAGACAAUCCGACCAGUGACAGAGAGGAUGGAGGAGAAUCCAGUCCCUGUCCCCCAGGAUACACCCACAGACCAAAGCACGCCUAUGUCCACAGAGCCGACGACGGAACCUUCGACAACGUUGACGCGACGCGUGUCGCGGCCUGUCGCUCCUCCUCAAAAGGGCACGUCAGUCUUCCCCAUGGCCAGGGUUUCAAAGAUUAUUAAGGCGGAUAGUUCUGUGGAUAUUUGCAGUAAGGAAGCUACGUUCCUGAUCAGCGUCGCAACGGAAUUGUUUGUGAAGAAGUUUGCUGAAGAAGGGUGCAAUAACGCACGUUUGGAUAAGCGGAAAAUGAUCCGUUACGAUGAUAUGGCUAAGGCCGUGUCGCAGAAUGAAUACCUGGACUUUUUGCGGGAAGUCGUACCUACCGCCAUCCCUCUUUCUGUGGCUAUGAAACAACGUGAGGAGCGUGCCAAUAUGGAAGCGAACGGUGGCGAAGAAGAGAAGGAAGAGGAGGCUGACGAAGCGGAGGAGCCGGAAGAGCCGGAGGACACAGAAGAAGCCGAUGAGUCCAUGGCUGAUUCUACGCUACUUGACAAGGAUGCAAGCCCUUCACUCAAUGAGCAUAUGGAUAUGGUAAACGAUGGCCUUGGAGAUGAUCCUAUGCAAGAAGAAGAGUCUAGUUAG